CCCGCAGAGGGACAGAUGGGGGAACACGGGCAGAAACACUGGCAUUUGCCCGGGACCCGCAGCUAGGUGGGCAGAAGAGGAUUUGAACCCAGGGCUCCUGCCACCCUCUGACCCUGGCCUGGGAGAGGCGUCCCACCCCACGCCCCGGACAGCCUGCCUGUGGCACGGAGUGGGGGCACCCACCUGUCCUAGAACCUCGGAAGUCAGCCUUCUUCAUGGGUGGGGGGGUGGUUGAGGGACCCCCACCCCCACCCGAGCUGUCUGAAAUUCCACCAUCACAGCUACAUUCCUUUGGGUUCUGGUCUAAUUCCCCCGUGGGAUGCACAUGUCUCCAGAUGGGACUUGCCCUUGGUGAUUCACAGCGCCCUUCGCAGCAUCCGCUGGCCAGGGAUGGGGCUGAGAGGAGGGAGAGAAGCACCUCAGAGCCCAGCCCUGGGAGGCUGCCUGCUGGUGCGCCUGCUGGGGGUGAAGGGGGCUUGGAGAGCCAGGAGGGAGAUGUUGGCCUGAUGUGGUGGAACCACUUCCUACCAUUUCCUUUGGAGGCAGAUGGACUGUGUUCUGAUCCGGAAUGCUAUUUACUGCCUCGUGUGACUUUGGAGCCAUGAGCCACCGGACCCUGCAGCUCCUGGCUGUGCUGACUCUGGGCCUGGCUACCUCCCAACACCGAGACAAGAUGCCCUGUAAGAUGGUGGACAAGGAGGCCUUGUGCCAGGGCCUUGGUCUGCUCCAGGUCCCCUCAGUGCUCCCACUGGACAUCAAGGCCCUGGACAUGUCUGGAAAUCAGCUGCGGGGCAUCCUGACCUCACCCCUGGGCUUCUACACAGAGCUUCGUCACCUGGACCUGAGCAGCAACGAGAUCAGCUUCUUUCAGCCUGGUGUCUUCGAGGCCCUGCUCCAUCUGGAGCACCUCAACCUGGCCCAUAACUGCCUGGGGGUGGGCACCUCGCUGAGCACCGCUGGUCUAGGUCAUCUGCCGAGCUUGAUGUCCCUGGACCUGUCUGGGAACAGCUUGUACAGUGACCUGGUGGAGCCGCUGCUGGGGGAGGCUCCUGUCCUGUGCACCCUCUCACUGGCAGAGAACAGUCUAACCCGCCUGACCCGCCACACCUUCAGGGGCACGCCCUUGCUGGAGCAGCUGGACCUGCACAGCAAUGUGCUGAUGGACAUCGAGGACGGAGCUUUCGAGGACCUGCCUCGCCUGGCCCACCUCAAUCUCUCCAGGAACUCUCUCACCUGCAUCUCUGACUUCAGCCUCCAGCAGCUGCGGGUGCUGGACCUGAGCUGCAAUAGUAUCGAGGCCUUUCAGAUGGCACCCCCGGAGCCCCAGGCUGAGUACCAGCUGGCCUGGCUGGACCUGCGGGAGAACAAACUGCUGCACUUCCCUGACCUGGCUGCCCUCCCCAGACUCAUCUACCUGAAUGUGUCCAACAACCUCAUCCGGCUCCCUGCAGGACCUCCUCUGGGAGGCGAGGGCAUCCAUGCGCCUUCUGAGGGCUGGUCAGCCUUGCCCCUCCCAAACCCCAGCUGGAAUGCCAGCACCCACCCCCACUCCCAGCUCUUGAACCUGGAUUUGAGCUACAAUGAAAUCGAGCUCCUCCCGGAGGGCUUUCUUGAGCACCUGACCUCCCUGCGCUUCCUGAACCUCAGUCGGAACUGCUUGCGGGCCUUUGAGGCCCAGCAGGCCGGUUCCCUGCCCUGCUUAGUGCUCCUGGACAUCAGCCACAAUGCCCUGGAGGCACUGGAGGUGGGCGCCUUAGCCCUGGGGUCGCUGAGGACGCUGUUCCUGCAGGACAAUGCCCUGCAGGAUCUGCCCCAGUUCACCUUUGCCAGCCUUGCGAGCCUGCAGAAGCUCAACCUGCAGGGGAACCGGGUCAGGCCCUGCGGGGGGCCAAGCGGGCCUGGCCUCUCGGACUGCGUGACCUUCUCGGGCAUCUCCUCCCUCCGCGUCCUGAACCUGGUUGACAAUGAGAUGGAGGUGCUCCGUGCGGGGACCUUCCUGCACACCCCCCUGACCGAGCUGGACCUCUCUGCCAACCCUGGGCUAGAUGUGGACACAGGGGCCCUGGCUGGCCUGGAAGCCUCCUUGGAAGUCCUGGCCCUGCAGGGCAAUGGGCUGGCCAUGCUGCAGGUCGACCUGCCCUGCUUCAGCUGCCUCAAGCGGCUCAAUCUUGCCGAGAACCGCCUGAGCCGCCUGCCCACCUGGACGCAGGCCGUGUCCCUGGAGGUGCUGGACCUGAGGAACAACAGCUUCAGCCUCCUGCCAGGCAGUGCCAUGGGAGGGCUGGAGACCAGCCUCCGGCGCCUCUACCUGCAGGGGAAUCCACUCAGCUGCUGCGGCAACGGCUGGCUGGCCUCCCAGCUGCACCGGGGCCGCGUGGACGUGGAUGCCACCCAGGAUCUGGUCUGCCGCUUCGGCUCCCAGGAGGAGGUGUCCCUGAGCCAUGUGCGCCCCGAGGACUGUGAGAAGGGGGGGCUCAAGAAUGUCAACCUCAUCAUCAUCCUCUCCUUCACACUGGUCUCCGCCAUCCUGCUCACCACGCUGGCCACCUGUUGCUGCGUCCGUCGGCAGAAGUUCAGCCAGCAGUACAAAGCCUAGAGACGCCCAGGCUGCUGGAAAGCUCGGCCCGGAGACCGUCGAGAGGUCAGUGGAGGAGCCAGAGGCACAGAGAAGGGUAGGGACUGCCCCAAGAUCACACACUGAGCCAGGGUCCUGGAACCCCAGCCCGUGCUUCCUUUCCCUGCAUCCUGCCACAUCAGUAGAUGACACACUUCCAGGCACACAUGUGGUUCAGCUGUGAAAGCCAGAAGUUGGGCAACUUCAGGAAUACGGCUGACCCAUCAGAUCAACAGAUCCUCACCAGGCAUCCGUUUUGUGCCACACCCUGCUCCAAGCACUGGGCACGCUGGUGGAUGAGAUGUCGGCAAUGCCCACAGGUGAAAUGGGCCCCUGCCCUCAAGCAUCUCCCAGUCUGAGUGGGGAGGUGGUCAUAGAACCCUGCAGUGACCACAGAGAAUGUGGAAGUCCAAGUCUCCAGAGCCCUGCAGCCCCCAUGGGCUGAGAGCGGGGAGGCCCAUCCCGGCUAGACCAGGGCACAGGAGGGAUGAGACCAAAAGGAUUUGACUAAGACGUUUCCAAGCAGACUCUUUGUCCCAUCUUCUGAUAAUGACUUUCAGCUUUUCUGGAACAUGAAGAACUUGCGCCUGGAAGAGAGAACGAAAGCCACAUGAGCAUGUUUGGAUCCAGGGUUCGUGGGCAGGCUGCAGCAGCUCCAGCAGGGCCUGGUUAAGAAGCUGUCAUCCAAGGCCUUGGUGCACAACAGACCACACGCUUCCCACCCUGGGCAGGCUCUUGCCCUGCCUGGCACCUUUGCGUUGCACACACUGGCCCAAAUACUGCCCCAGGCCCCCAACACCCACCCAGGCCCAUCUCUACAGUCCAGCCCCACCCUCGCCGGUCUGCUGAUGAGCAGGAAUGAGAGGCUUGGGUGUUUGGUUCUGUUUUGCACCAGGCUUGGCAGCUGUAACAAACCCAAGCAGACUUCUGCCUCUUCACGACAACUCUCUGAAGUUGGUAUUUUUUUCCCAUUUUACAACAGAAGAACCAAAUUCUCCUUCCAGGGCCUGUCAAUUAAGAAAUGCCAUAACUGAGAUUGAGACUUACAUCCUGCUGACCUCAGGGCCUGAGCUUGGCCCCCGGGGGGCUGCAGGCUGGCAGGUGGACAGGAAGUGGCCCCACAAGCUGGAACAGGGCCUGGGCGCAUCCUGUGCUGGACAUACCCACCUGCUGCUCUACCUCCUCUUCCCCAGAUGGGCAGAGAGACAGGCAGCCACAGGGCCUCUCCCCUCUCUGCCUCAGUUUCCCUCAUUCCCUCCUUUGCAAACCAGCACUCUUCUUUUUCUCUCCUUGCUCUGGUGUCCCUCAUUCUUUCUGCACUAAGUCAAACCUGGUAUUUAAGACCAUUGAAUCCUCCUCCCCCUUACACAAAUAGGGAAACUGAGGCUUAGAAAGAAAAUAACUGUGUGCACAAAGCUGAGAGAGGCAGUGGUGAAGCCCAUGAAAAAAGCGACUUCAGACCUCAAUGGGCAUUGGUGCCUGGGGCGUGGGGGAGGGUGGGCCCGAGCCGUUUCCUUCACGUGCUAAGAUCCUGCUGGCUCCAACCCCUCUUUCUGGUCCUCAUUUUGCAGGGAUUUUUUUUUCACCUAGAAAAAUGGUAAAAACCCAUUUAGAUCUGAAUCAUGAUAACUGACCCCACCCCGGCCCAUGAAAUCAUGGACUGUCCAGGAGGAAAGGAAGCCCUGGGCUCAGCCCAAGAGCCCGUGUUUCAGUCUUCACCCUCUUGGCCCGCAGGCUGGCUCAGGACAGCGCUCAGUAACGUCAGACAAUCAACACGCCCCUCCCUCUGCUCCAUUUUAUUGAUGAGUAAACUGAGGCCCAGCAUGGGCCUACGACUCGGGGAGUUGGUGGCAGAGCUGGGGUGUGCAGGACAGCCAGGUGGAGCCGGUCCUGGGUGGGGACACACCUCUGGUGCUCACUACACACACACACUCCUCCUCGGGUUGGGAGGGCAGGUGUGGCCCCUUCGUGCCUGAUCUUUGAGAACACUAUACGAUGCUGCUCUCACUCGCAGGGACCAGGCCACAGCCCAGGCCUCGGGACCAGCUCUUUGUAUAACCCACAUGAAUGUAUUAAAAACAGUUUUGGAGAAACCAGGUGUUCUGCCAGCCUCCUCCUUGCUCAGGUCCUGGGCGCCAUCGCUUCUGCUUCUGCCUGCUCUGCUCUGCUUGUGCCAUGGCCUUUGAGUCCUCAUGACAGGCUGGGGAGAUGGUAGGUGAGAAACUGAGGUGCUGGGUCAUCGCCACCCUGGACCCUGGGGCCUCAGCCACC